GUAUUUUCCAAACAUCGAACUUGCGAUUUUGCACUAAUUUGUGUAUUGGUAAUACAAACAUUACACAUUGACUGCUGUUGCAGCAACUAUGCAUCCUGCCCUUGAGGCAGGAUGCAAUUAUGUCUUUGAUUUUACUGCACACUUUAAUAUUUGAACAUGUGGUUUUAUUAAUGCUGUCACCGCAAUGAUUUGUGGCUUUAGGUUCUUUGUGGAUUGGCUGGUUUAAGGGCACUGCCGCAUGACGCAAUCCAGUUCUGACCACGAGGUAAAAAUCUCCCAUGCUGACACGUUUGCGAGUGGUGCUAGCAAAAGUUGUUGCAAAUUGUGAGGAAUAAAAUAGUCAAAUGGAAGCUUCGUACUGGGCAUCGUGCAGGAACUGCAGCAAUGUUUGCAAACUUAUUGUCCGUCACCAAUACGGCUAUAGUUUUCAGGUUGCUUUGAGCCGGACCCGAUGAAUUUCGCUGCCAAUGCGAUUCAAUGCCAAGGAAAUCGCCGCCGUCGCAUCACAGCCGUCGUACAAAUUCGAAAAGGAGGGCGUGCUCUUCAUCAAGGAGCGACAGGAAGGACUUUUCAGGCGAAAUGAUGUAUUCACGGAACGGUGGUGCCGGUUAAGAGGCAACCUUUUUUUCUACUACAAGACGAAAGAUCCGUGUUCCGAACCAGUUGGAGUGAUUGUUCUCGAGCGACAUUCUGUGAAGGAUGGCCCCAUUUCCGGAGGCCUCUAUUGUUUCACCGUUGCCUUUGAAGGGGACGAGCUGGCCACACACAUGGCAGCCCAAGGCUCGUCGGAGCGCGAGGCAUGGACGAGCGUCCUACGGGACUCUAGCUACGAGCAUGUGCGCGAGGAAGUGCAAAUUCUCCGCGCUCGUCUCCUGUCACGUCAGCGAGAAUCCGAUCCUGGCCUGUACAGCGGGCCAUCUGGGAAGCGCUCGCAGGAUGGGGACGCAUCUUCUAACAAGAAAGACCCACUCCAAAACGAGCCAUUUCUUGAACUCGGGCUUGCAUGCGACAACUUGCGCUGCGACGCUGACGGCCAGGCCCCCAACCCACUUGUUGUCGUUCUUACUGGAAGGCCUCGACAUGGACUGUGGAGCAAGUUUGCUCAGACAGAAGUUGUUGAAAGGAGCAGCAACCCAUGUUUCCUGACCACUGUGGGAUUCCUAAAAAAGCAAGCAUGUGCGACCACCGAAGUCAAGCUGUGUGUUUACGAUGUCAGGGAGCGAGUCACGUCCACUAAAACUCUGCUAGGCGAAGCCACAUUUGCCCUCGGCACACUAGUCCAGAUGCCUGGCUGCUUCCUCCGUCUUGCCCUCAUAUCACCGUCCUAUGAAAAUGUGGGUUUUGUGACUGUGACUGCUAGGGAACUCGAACCUGAGCUUAUGCUGACAAGCAAAAAGGAUGCACGGGACCUUUUCUGGCCUACGUCGAAGCACAGCAGCUGCAAUGGUGACUCCUCAUGUUUGCAGGCUGACCGGCGUCGCACUUACUCGUUGCCAGCGUGCAUUCCGCGUCGCGCCUGCACACCUCUGCACGCCCAGCUCCGGAUUAUUUUUGAUGGCCUCGUCUCCAAGACAUAUCGUUUCCACACGGGCCUGGGAGCUGAACUCCGAGUGCAUGAAAUCAUGGCCGAGAGCAAGCUGUCCUUCUCCUUCCCACAGUUGCUAUUAAAUCUGUGGAUAAAUGAAGAAAAGCAGCUGAUGGACACUGUCACUAAUCUAAGAGAGCUGAGUCCGGAGUGGCAAGCCAAGCAGAUUUUAGCUUUAGAGAGGCACCUGAUGCGGAUCAACACGUAUUCGGAGGCCCUGGAAAACCUGGCCAAGCAGCGGGGGGCCCACUUCAAACCGUCCGCAUCCAAAGGGUUGGUUUCGCUCGAGUUUGCCCCUGUCAACAUGCACCUGCAGAGGCUUUGGGUCCACAACACGACUAGCCACAAAAAAUGUGUUUACGAUGUGGUCACAGUGGGGGCAUUCACUGCGUAUGCCCAAAAGUUCCUGCAAGGUGGCCUCCAUAAACUUCUCAAUCAGCUCAAGAAUGCUUACCCCUUGCUACAGCGGGAGGGUCAGCCGUCCAUACUGGGUCCUGAUCGACUAUCAAUAGCGGCUCAAGCUGUGCUCAGCAUUGAACAUAUCAGGGAAGACAUUGAAGCAGACGUCCAGCAACUCAUGCAGCUGGCUGACCUCAAGGAUAUCACAGGCAUGGAGGCUGCAGCCACCAAGAUUAGUGACAAGGCCAAGCAAUUGACAACACUUUGCAACCCAACAUUGGUCGAUGAAGCCCUGACUAUUUGGGAAGGGGCUCGUCUUAUCCAGCCAAGCAAUGACAUUUCUGGUGCCGGUAAGACCUCUCCAAAGCGUACCCAACGGCCUCCACCAAUAGCACGACUCAAGUCAGCAUCCUUGCCACGAGAAUUUCCUGCACCGCCAUGCGCAUCAUCUGGUUCCCCAUCUGACGAGUCCUCCUGUGAUGAAGCACCCAAUGAUACAGUGUCGGUCAAUGGAAAUGUGUGUGGGGCUCAUGUUCGCCCCAUGCAUCAGCUGCACAAAUCAGACUCUAUGUACUCUACUGAGGAGUCUCGUUUUUCUGGUCUUUCGGAGGAGUUUGAGCCUCUUGACCUGACGCACCUAAAUAUCCGUGCCAGCAUCAUGUGCAUGGUGGGGAGGGUGCAGCAUCUGGCGCAUGCAGAUGAUGAUCAGCAUGCAGACGAUGCAGAGCUGCUUGACCCCCUGACCCCGUGCAGCACACCGGGUGACUUGUCACCCUGGCAGGUCGAAUUGGCACCGAGUGUGCGGAAGCUGCGUCAAUCUAUGGCAUGCCUCCAGAAAGUGGCCCGGUUCACUUAUGCAUUGCUCUCACUCAAGGAACCUCCACCAUCGGCAUCUCUGAGCUACUCUGUUCGCCAGAGACGGGACAUCUGCUUCUCUCACGCACUAACAUCUCUCGUGGCUGGCCUUAUGUCUAAACUAUGGUGCCAACAGACAGAUCCUCUGUUUGUGCACUGCCUGACCACGUUUGGGGUGCUGGCCCAGUUCGCCGGCCUCCUCAGUUGUCAUGCAGAUGAGCUAGCCAUGCUUGAAGACAUGGUCGUAGCCAUAGAUGACCUUCGACGUGUCGCUUUUUGGCUUGAACCGGCUACCAAUGUCUGCAGCCCGAAGCCUCGCGUUGAAGGGAGCCGUGUCUUCCUGUCAGUGCUGAUCCCAACACCAGAGACUGUGAUGGCCAGAGUGCCUCACAGGGGCCGCUUUCAGUUCAGCGUCUUCCCGGUAUUUUUCAACGUUGGCAUCAACGAGCAAGCUACACUGGCUGAAAAAGUUGGCGACCAGAGCUUUCAAGAACGCAUCAAUCUGGAUGGAGCAGCAUCGCUUAAAGAGUACCACAAGCAGUUUCAGAAAUUUCCCAUUCCAAAACAUGAUACGCCGAGGGCUCGGAUGGCGGCUGUGGCUUGGGCCAUUACAGAAGAACGCAGAGCCCGCAGUAAGAAUUUGUGGGUGGGACGCAUACAGCCCCGGGAGGUGCCUCUGAUGGAUGUGAUAGAGCAACUGCAAACCCAUGUUCGCGCUCGUAAGAGCAAGGAUGUUGAGAUUCUUCAUCUUGCAAUGGAGGCGUGUCGUCGUAUGCGAGGCCUACGCUUCACGAGCUGCAAAAGUGCCAAGGACCGAACUGGCGUGAGCGUGACGUUGGAACAGGGGCAGAUUCUGCUGCAGGACUUUGGUCUCGAUUCUAAGGAAGUGCCCAGGGCAGUGGCCUGCAUGCGAAGCGAGGGCACGAGACUGCACAACACCUUCAAGAACGUUGGCGUGCGCAAGUAUGCCUUCAACAGCCUGCAGAUGAUGGCGCUGCCCAAGCAAUACCGCCCGCCCCCAGGGACCUUUGGCAAUGUCCAGUCCUAGUGGUCCUUCUCCUCCCUGAGUGCACUGCAUCCUGCCAGCUUCCAGCUCUGGAUUUUGGUGGCAUGCCAGUAACACAUGCGUAGAAACACCCAAGUCCUCUCAUCUCUUCAAUUUUAUCAUCACUGAUUAUGCACCAGUUGUAUGUGAUCCAUUACCGUUUUAGCACUGUUGCACAAAAUCAGCACAAGAUGCACGGUGAAGGGAUGAGAUGCCAUGAAGCAAGCCCGCUCUUUACUGGGUACUGUACCUACUGAAGUGUUCAAUAUGCAGUCCAAGCAGCAUAUUUGCCAUGCGAUUUUCAAGGAAGUUAUGCAGAAUUUAUGAACAACCCUUAUCAAUCCUAUAAUAGUGAUGUGGAAGGGGUAUUGGAAGCAUAAGGAAUUAUUGGGGCUGGAUGUGGAAAUAUUUCAGUAGAGAGCCCGUAGAUUCAAGAGAGGGUGCGUCAACGUCGCAAAUUGUGCUGUUGCCUCAAGCGUUUGGCUUUUGUGGUUCACUAGAAUGAGCGCGUUCAAUUCUGAGAGACCUGUAACAACAGUCAUGGUGCAAUAUUUGCGUUUUGUUACCACUGCACAUUACCUGCAUUGCCUCGAAACCUGUGGCAACUUUUCUAUCUCAUUUUUUUUUUUUUUUUUUGUGGUGGAGUGUUGUUUUUACAAGAGAUGUAUGGGGGAGCAGCAUGAGUUGAAGGGACAGAAGUGCACAUGUUUUGUCAACCUAAACUGAUUGGUGUUUCAAGGUGUCUAAGGGUUGUAUUCUUAAACUAUCACUUUCGGACAGUACGAUCAAUUUCGUGAGACAUCGGAAUCUUCAGUGUACUAUACGGCCAACAGCAUUUCUGGUGCUCUGCCAAGCUCGCUAUUUUUACGCAUUGUGAGAACUUGGCACAGUGCCAGAAAUGGUGUUAAUCGUAUUUGUGGCCGACAUGCCUAGUGCCGAACUACGCGAAAUCUUGUGAAAGUGAUCAUAUCCCUGGAAGUGAUUGCUCGAGAAUGCCACCCCAGAAUAUCACUUUCACUGAAAACACACUUGAAAGCAAGAAGAUUGACGUAAGCGCAGGACAAAAUUGUUGCUGCUGCCGGGAAAAUAUUGUAUAUCAGCUUCUACUACAUAGCAUUUCCCGUUUGUGAUUGCCAAGCUUUUUUCCACCACAGAAAAUUUUUUAAAAGUUCGUUACGAUGCAUUUCAGCGUCACAGAGGGUGCAGUUUGGCCAAUUUCACUGGAUUUUUCUACAGAACAACUCACUGGUGUUGCUAUGCUUCUCGCCACUCUGUUUGGCACUUUUUUGCAAAAGUGUGGUGCCGUCUUUGUGCAGGCGUCAGAUCCAAAACAGGCAACAUUGCCUGGCAGUAUUGAGUUUCAUACUAAAAUUACUAGAGUGAAACCUGGCUCUAGUGUCGACACACACCGUUGAUAUUACAUACAGCUUGGGAAUGAUGGGUAGUAUAUGGGUUUACUUAUGCAAGUUUGAGCAUGCUAGAAUUCCAUUUUAGCCUUUUAGCACACAAAAUACACAGCGACGGUAUAAAAGAUGUAGACAAAGCUCUCUGUCACACCGCUUUGUCUAUGUAUUUUAUACGUCUCAGGUGUGUUGAGACCUAUUUAUGAAGACUUAUUUAAUGAAGGAAGUUUUCAACCUUAACCAUUCCACUUCUCUAAAGCUAUGUUGUGCAACUAGUGUGGAACAUAACGUAAUUGAACCACAGAGAAGAAUAAAAGAAGCUGUAGUUUGCUUUCUUGAUGAACCCAUGCCAGGUUGUAGAAAAAUUCAUGCACUGCCCAUCAUAGCCAUGGCAGUUAAAUGACCGCAGUGCCCCAGAUUUCCCUCUAGUAAUUUUAGUGGGAAAAUGUAUGCCUAGUGGAGCAUGACCUCCGAGAUUGUUGGUGCAGCUAUCUAGGGGGUGGGGGGGGAGACUCCAUUUGUAGCCAGUGAUUUAGGAUUUCAAAAGCAUUUUGUGGGGUCUUCAGUGCAAAUGUUCUCUGCUACUAAGUUUCUCUUGUAAACUAAACAUUGUGAGUUUUGUAGAAGGGUGGUGUGUCAGUCUAGGUUGAUCCAAUUGCCUUUGGUGUCCCUUUAAAAAGGAUGAUUUUAUAUGUCUCGAAAGAGCAGUUUGUUAGAAUACCGCGUGAGUGCGGCGGAGUCUGAAAAUUUGAUUUGUGCAAGCACAGAGGUACUACCAUGAGGAGGACGAUAUAUUGUAUACCUAUCUUGGUGAUGAGGGGAGGUUUAGUAAAGUAGUUAUUUAGGAUAAGUGUUUCUCUCAUGCAGUACCAGACCUGUCUGGAUUUCUUUUUUAAAUGAAAAGGUGUGGUGUGCCUGCAGGAGAUUUCUUACCCUGCACUUUUGCAAUCUCCGAGUAUGGCAUUUGUAAGAUUUUUGGAGGCUAUUACUGCGGAACUUUAGACUUUAGGUCAACUUACAAUUGAAGUUAGAUUUAUGGAAUAAAACAAACCUUUGUAUGUUCGUGAUCUGCUGCAGGUAUAAUGGCACAAUGCUUUCACAAAGUCUGAGCUUAAAUAUUGGCAGUUUUUAUAUUUUUUGUAUGAGUAUGGUGUUUCGAUUAUGAAGAAAAAAAACUUUCUUUUCAGAAACUUGCAUAUGAUACUUAUGGAGUGCCCAUGUGUGCUCAUAUCCUCAUGUAUUAUUAUUAUUUUUUAUUUCUCUUCUAUAAGAACCAAAGCUCAAUCUAAUAUAUGCCCUCCAAUUUGUUAUGCUUGAUACCUGAAAGAUAUAGAAAAUGGUGCCAAUAAUGUUGCACAGGCUUUUAUAGGAAGAUAUUGCAAGUGUAACUGCACAUCACUGUUGCCAUAAUGAUGCGUAGCUGUAAUGACAUCGUAACUCAUGAUGUGUUUGUACAUAUAUAUAGUUGUAUAUCUUCAAUGAGAGCAAACAUCUGCUUAGUUUUCUUAACACACACUACUUCUCUUCAGCAUUCUAAUAUACUAGUCCCUCUCAAUGUGAGCACUGUGAUUGUAAGUGUGUGGUUUCACAUUUUUGUUACACGUAUUAUGAAGUUUAUAUACAAAAAGGGGUGUUUUUCUACAAGUCAAUUUUGCUUUUGUUGCAACUACAGUGGACUCCAUUUAAGAAAACAAUGAAGGACUUUGGAAAACUGUUUUUAGUUUAUCCACUUUUCAGAUUCACACAUUCUCUUAAUAUGUGUAAUUAAACCAAAGUCCUCAAUGUGUCCAGCUUAUCUGUGAGUUAAGGCUGAUGGAGUUUACCUCGAACAGCGUCUGUUGUAUUCUGUUGACAUCACCUCAAACUUAGCGCUAUACGUAUGGGUCAAGUUGCUACCAUUAGCAACUAUACUUUGUCUCAGUAGUUCUUUUCAGCACUGUGCAAGCUUCGGGUAACCUCAGCCAAUAAGGAACAUGAAUGCCUGCUGGAUUGCAUUUAUUCUUUCUUGUUAUCUGCAUGUCUCCUUUGCAGUGUCAUUUUACGAACCCCGCUCCCACACACACACACAGACACAUGAAAUGAUUAUAUUCCUAAUUGUGUUCCAUUUAUAUAAAUGAGAAGGCUGUACCACUGACAGUAGUAAACACAUCGCUUAAACAUGACGUAUUAGUGAUGCAAUUGAUGGGAAGGAUGUGACCAUGUUCCUUGACGAUAUCAGCAUUUCAGCACUCGAGUUUCUGAAAUAAAUAUACUGGUGCUAGGGCUUGCAGUAGUAAUUCUUAGAUUUUUAGGAAACAUAUAGCAAAAUAUAUUAGAAGAGUAUCACAAUAAGUGGUUCAGCUGUGGUACUAUGUUUCGAUGUGGCAGAACACACCCACACUGCCCCAUUACACCUCACAUCUUUGUCUUUGUCAGUGCUGAAGGGGACUGCUGGGACAGAGUAACAUGUGGCUUUUUGUUUAGUGGUUCUGUUCUCUUUUACCCCCAUUUCCUCACUCGCAAAAGGUGCACACUUAUUUGCAAAUGCUCACUGCAGCUGUGUCUCUCGUGCACGGCUUUCACUCUUGCCAUAAUACUAGCCAGUCUCUGUAAGUGUUGUUGGCGAUGCUUGUUCUGUUACAUCUUGUCAUUUUGUUUUUAUACCUGUGACAAUGACUUGCACACUUUGUUGUGCGAGAACACAAAAGCUAUGUGUACGAACACUAUGCUGGAGUAAACAUUUCUUUAUUCA